AUGUCAUUGUUGCUUUUAACGACCCACCUCGGGACCCUCGAGGUUCCCAACAUUCUCCAAUCUUGGCUGGGUGGCACCAAAACAUCUAGUGUUAUUUACAAGUCAAUUACAUGUUUCCGCCACCAUGGUUUCCGCCCUGACUUUUGGCUCCUGGCGUUCCUGCCAGAUGACCACCCACCCACCGAUCCCACUGAGACCCGCCUCUUACAAUUCUCAUAUACCCCAGAAGAUACCAAGACCUACCACGACCUAAUAAUCAACAUGUCCGAGACGCGAGAUACCGACUCAAACGGUGGCCGACUCAUCUCUGCAAAGCGACACAUCCGCCGUGUCCUCGUCGAGGCUAGGCUCCGCGUCUCUUCCGUCGAGAGAACAGAACAUGAUGAGAUCGAUUUUCUGUCUUGGACGUCGUAG